AUGCAUUACCUCUCCGCAUCAACAGCGGCCAUAGUGUGUUUCCUGGGCUUGGUGGUACAUGGGGCGUCUCUGUCAGAUAACGCUGCGACAACGCUUUCCCGGUUCUUGCAUGACGGACCUCCACCCUCUGCUCGGUCGAAUGUUCCUUCAACGUCUGUUAAUGCCAACUGGGCAUCGACAGAGUCUGCGCGGAACAGUAAGAUAGCACCACCGCAGGCAACCUCCAUGACCUGCUGGAGCAACGAGUGUAUGGCAAUCGUCUAUAGCUUCAACGCAGCUUACGUCGCCGGUGGAAAGCUGGUUGAACCCAGCCCAGGAGACGGGAGCAAAGAACGCUUCCAAAGUACUAUUUUCCAGAAAGAGCUAUGCGUCAAUCGCAAGUACAGCGACAUUAAAUUCGAGGAACUGAGUGCUUCAUCUCAAGGUCUUGAUGCAUGUCUCUUUUGCCUCGCCAAUGGGGGCCUGGAGGUCAAAGACCCGCAGAGCCCUGCAAUGACAUUCAAGUGGAAAGUAUGGAACGUCUGCCACACCAAAUGGCCGAAUGAGUACGAAGUUCUGAACUUGUUGACGCUCUUUAUGCGAGCGGGGAGAGCGCCAGACUCGUUCAGUGGCGGGCGUCUAGAGAUGACCGAUAUACCCGGUAAAGUUGGUGACAAGUUCACUUGGACAAGCGGAAUGAAUGACCCUACAAUUAUGCCAUCCUCUGCUACUCCUAUGCUAUCGACUACUCUCACGCCAUCCUCCACGCCGUCUCCCACACCGUCUCCCACGCCAUCUUCCACACCGCCCUCCACACUAUCUUCCACGACUCGAACCAGUGUAAAGCGGACGGGGACUCCAUCGCCACCAGACCCAACACCAACACUGGCAGCUUGCUGGGUCUCGGAGUCCUGCGCCCAAUUCGUCACCGACAUAGCCAGCGCCUACAAAUUUAGCGGCGACAUGAAAGACCCCAACCAACGCGGCCAAAACGGCACCAGCGACCAAAGCCACGUCUUCCAAUCCCACUUCUGCGAGGACAGCGGAUACAAAGACAUAAUCUUCGAAGGUCUCGCCGGCCCCCGACACACCCAUGUAUGCCUGCCUCCAAUGUUUUGA